UUGUUCUUAACCCUUUUCAAUACGCUGCAAAUAUUCCAAAUGGUUCCUGGAAGACAGGUAAUAAAUCAUCGCCAUUGGUAACUCGCGAAAUACAACCUACAGUUCCUACAGUGCAUCACCAGUCGCAGCGACCGGAUGGUUCACAAGUAGAUAUGACUGGCUCCAUAUUGAUAAGUGAUUUUGGAAGAUGUUUUGGAAAAUUCCAAAAACAAUGGAAAAUGCACUUCAAUGGAACAGCAGACACUUUAUCAUUAGAAAUUCUUAGAAUGAACAGCAGUGAUUUUAGUGAAUUCAUAUGUAAAUGUGGCGAAGACGAUCAAGUGUCUUGGCUACUUAUUAAUGAGGCUGUUGUAAUGCAAAAAAACAUAAUCUUGACAUGUUUAUAUAGCAAAACGAAAUGCACAAAUACCGAUAUAAAAUCCUGGCGGGUUGGAAAACACUGUGAACUUUUGUGCCUAAAUGGUAUAUGUCAGAAUAUCAACAAAUAUAAGAUGACUAUUUAUCAAAAUGCCAUGCGUUUUGUCUUGGAAAUAUUCGAUGUAAAUAGCCUGGACCUGGAACAGUCCUAUACCUGCACGUGUGGAAAAUUCAAAAAGAAAAAUGACAUACAUCUCAAAGUAAAAUGGAGUGAACAGACUGUCCCGGCUAUUUUUGGAGAAAAAUAUUUAUUAAACUGUGAAUAUCUCUAUGAUAAUUCGUUUUCUGUCCAUUUCUGUUUUUCAACUUGGAGAUCGGACAAAACUGACAAAAUCCUGUGUCAAAGCCGUGUUUGUUUCGAUGAAAAAUACAAAAAUACUGUGAAAAGGAUCCCUAAAUCUAAAGAAAUCUUUACACUGGAAAUUAAGAACUUUUCGGAGUUGGAUGUCAGAGAAUAUACAUGUUCUUGUGACUUUUCGUCAUUCACUAAACAUAUAGAAGUAUAUAAGUAUAUGAAUAUGCCAGAAAACUUCAAUAGAUCUGCUGAGUACAAAGCAAAACAAGUCGAGAUACAUAUAUCAACUAAGAAGGUGUUUCCCAUGCUUAAAUGUAACACAACAUAUUAUGAAACUUUUUCCAAAUGCAACAAUCCUAUCUUUUGCAAUCAAUACAGUUCAUCAGGAAUAAAGCAUGUAGAGGAAAUUCUGCAACAACAAGAUUCAUUUAAAGUGUCAAACUUCACGUUUUAUAAAGCAGACAGUGUUUUAAUUGUCGAUACGAAUGAAAUAACUUGCAGUACUAUAACACUGCAAGUAAAAUGUCAUGUAGGCAGUAGACCGUUUUCUUUUUCAGUAUCAGCUGCAGUUGAUUGUAACUCUCUCCAAACUAUUGGGAUUUACAAAAUAUACAUUUAUGGAGGAUCUUUCAUCCUGUUUGUCGUCUUGAUUAUAUUCUGUCGUAAAUUGAACAUACGAAGAAAACGGAGACCAUUAUGCAAUUUAUUUAAACUUAUCUGUACUUGCUGUAGUUUAAAAGGAAAGAGAAAGCACAAACGUAACGAAGAUGAAUAUAAAUCUCAGGAAAUAGAACAAUUACAAACAUGAGGCAAUUUUGCGAUUGGCGUAAACAACAAAAUCAUUUAAUCAUGUUGAUGAUUAUGAGGAUACCCAUAUAUGCUAAUUCGUUUAAUCCUUAUUACUUUUGCAUACUUGUGAAAUUGAUGAUGUACUUAUCGAGAUUUGUUUUUCUUCUUUUCCAGUUGUUACCAAUAUGGCUUACGUGUUUCAAAAAAAUAUUUCCGUGGUAACGGACAGUAUUUUGUAAAAGAAAAAAAAAUCUUUUAUUGAGUUUUGUUGAUAUGACAUAUUGUUGUCAAAUUUGUAUUAAAAGACCACUUUUGAGUUAUGUCCUUCAUCGGAAAAGUUUUCAAUUAUUCGCGCCUUUAUGACGUCAUUUACAAGAAAGAAAGGAGCACCUGUAUUAGUGCACUUUUAAGUUCAACAAGCGUCUUCGUGAUCGUUAUUAUGUAGGAUUAACUAAAAAUAAAGUUUGUUCCGAAGGUACUUAAUCUCAAUUUCCUAAUGACAGCAGUGCUGAUUGUUAAUGAUAAGAAUUCUUUUUUGCCGAAUAAUUCAUGCAAUGUAGCAUCCUAUUUAGCAACUGCUCGCUCAACAUUGAAAAGAAGUGAUGAUGCCCCUAAAUGCAUAAAUGAUGUUCACUAAAACUAAAGUUUUUGACGGAAAUGCAACUAACUCGAAAGUGGUCUAUUGAAAUAAGUAUUUUACCUUUUGAACAAAAAUGCGUCCGUUUUUAAAAAAAUCAGAUCUUCUCUGCUUAAUUUUAAGUGUAAUCUGCUACUACAUUGUGACAAUCUAAACUUCGAAAUGACCAACAGGCAGUUAUCACUUGAGUGCAAUGUCCAAAAAGAAGUUUAAGAAUUUGACCAAAUGCAUUUUGAAUAUAAAGAAGAAUUAAAAACAAACACUCGAUUGAGAAACAAAAACACAAAAUGUUUCGGUAAACUGUCGUAAAGUAUGACUGGAUGUAUUGUUCUAAUUUGCAACAGUAAACCAUGU